AUGAUGACGCCACAGGUGCUACCUCAAACCUUGCACACGCAGCAGCAACAACAACAGCAGCUACUACAGCAGCUGCGCAGGGACCUUUAUAGGCUUAGUGACAGCAACAGGGUGACUCGCCUUCAAGGAGCGAGGGCCAUCCUACGCGUGUACGAGGAGGAAGCUGCUAGGAGAGCGGCACGGAGUAACGAAGCUGCGAUGACUACCAACAGUUAUCAAGGCACCAAAGAGGCCCAUAACUGUCCAAGCUGUCCCUUUUCAGGAGUGUUCUUGAGCAGUGUUUACUCUCCAGUCUCUGUUUUGUGUGCCGAUGACACAUCGGAGUCUUGCCGGGCAACUGCGCUAGACCUCGUCCAGUUAGUAGUAAAGAAUUUCCUCUCCAGACGGGAGGUAAUACUCAUUUGCAUGGGCAACAAAAAUGCCAGCGACAAGGCUUUCUCCUGCGGGGGAGAAUGCAACAACUGCCCCGCAGCUGCAGCUUUCUUCUGCGGCCGCAACGCCGGCGGUGACGGUACUUACUUAAGUAUCAACACCGGCAUUGCUGGCAACUCAGAAGCGGUAAAGCCCCUGAUCACAGUCAUUGCAGAAAGACUUAAGGAAACAUCGCAGGAAGUGGAGAAAAGCGAGGAGCUCCGACUCAGUAACAUGCAAUUCCUGCAGCAUCUGCUAUUACAGUACGCUGCAGACCCGCCUGCGUCGAACUCCAACAGAGGCCAGCACAACCAGCAAAAGCAGUCGAUGUUUCAAAGCGAAAAGGGCUGGAAUGCAACAGAAUUUGCAGACUGUUUGUUGGCUGCGGUUGCUGGCGCACUCAAAGACAAGAGCCCGUCCAAUGGCAUUGAGGCAUGCCGUCUUCUCUCUGCAAUUUCAGAAAAACUGCAAGCAUCCGUGCUGCUUCAAAGCUCCAAACAGCUACUGCAUCUUCUAGUUGGUUGCCUUGCUAGACCCCAGCGAGCAGUCAGAUGGCAAGCGGCCGCAGCCUGUGAAGCCAUGCUACGGUCGAUUUCUUCCCGUGCAGCAGUUGCUGAAGACGGUGUUUCUGCUGCUGCAAGCCACAUACGGGCUGUAGCUACAGCAAUUAGACCCAUACUACAGCAGGAAGCUGCUGUUCUGAACAAACUGAAAAUGAUCCAGAUGUUGAAACGGUUGGUACAAGAAAUGUCUCCGCGGGUCUUGCUGCGACAGAAAGUGCUCCCGCACCUGCUGCAACUCUUCCUGCUCUUGAUGGGCGACAUCGACCAGCAAGUGGCCCGUGAGGCAGACAAAGCACUGCUUGCAAUUGAAGGCGAUGGGCCACAUAGAACGCCACCUACUCCGCCAGCUGCUUGCGAAGGCGACGCGGAGGGGCUCUACGAAGCAGCCAGCUAUCAUAGGGAGCAGGCGACGGAAUUGGCAGGGGUACACUUGAAAGAGUUGAUGGCUGACCUGUUGCCUCGGCUUACAAGUUGGUCUGCCGAUGAGCGGCUUGCAUCCCUGAGGGCGCUUGCUGCGCUAAUGCCAAUUAGCGGGUUUCGCCUGCUAAACGAGCUACCGCAUCUCCUGUUGCAGCUCUACGAAACUUGUGUUAUCGAAGGAGGAGGGCCCCCUGGGAGCAGGCAAGAUGAUCAGCAACAGUGGUCCCCUCUGCUGUUUCUUGUCCAACACGGCAUACUAAGGGAAAUAAACAGCAGAAGGAACCCGGGCAGUGACUGCAGCAGCAGCGACUCCCGCGAGCCGUGGCAUCGCGGGGGCUUGCAAGAAAUGGGGGCUUGCAGUUCACUGUGCAACACCCUCGAAGCGGUCGAGCUUGCAUUACACUGCACGGGAGAGGUGGCGCUGCUGCUACCUCCUUGCUCCUGGCUUCCUUUGAUCGCCUCCCACCUAGGUUUGCAAAGGGACGCUCAUCAGUACAUUCGGGACAAGGAGAAAGUACUGGCUAAUGCUGUUGACGAUGAGACGGAGCAAAAAAUUUCCAUGUGGUCAGAUCUUGCUUCGCACGAGGAAAAAGUGUUCUUGGGUAGGUUUCCCGGAGGUUAUCAGUUUGUGGUGAACGCACUUGGGCUGAAUUCACCCAGAUGCGUCCGGGAUCAGCGAAGGGCAGACUAUAAAGCUAACGCUGGAAAAGCCAUUUCUGCAACAACACAUAUGUGUUCCUCCGAAUCACGGAAACAGGCGCUACUGCUGUUAUCUCGCCUACUGAGAGGGCUUAAGCCAUAUAACGAACAUGGACGAAAACGGCAGGGUCAGAAACCACACGAGAAUAAGGGGGAUGCGAAGAUUUACCAUAGCGGGGCCUACGUUCUAGGCAGAAUAGAGCUUUGGCUGCUAGUGCGCAUAAUAGAACAAGUUCAAGGCACCGAGUGUGGCAGGGAUAACGACGAAAUUAUGCCCUUUACAGCUGUUCUCCUUUUACAGCUGCUGCAUGCGGCUGGGGAGCUCUGCCAGUUGGAGGCUAAGAGCCUCUUUGCAGCAGCAUUGCUGCAGCAAAUCGACCCUCGAAGCCAUAAAGAUAUUACCAGAGAGGCAGUAGGGCACAUCGAUACAUUCAGCAUGAACACGCUACUUUGGGCUCAUCAGCAACUCUCGUUUUUCAAACGGUUCUGUUCUGGGGAUGUCUGUGAUAAAUUGCACAGAAUUCAUCCCGGCGACUGUUGUAUUCUCGUUGUUGGCAUGCACGCUGGUCCUGUUGUGGCUGGCACGGUUUCUGUGACAGGUGACAAGUGUUUGCGAGUACACUGGAAUAUCUUCCUUGUCUCGCUGGCGUUGCAGCUGCUGCAGAGACAGGGAACCGCACAAGAAGCUGUAGCGCCAGUGCGGGGUGACAUUCUUGGAGCCUGUCUGGCUCUUUUUUCCCUUACGUUUUUCAAACCACUUGCACGGUACGUCUGCGGAUCGCUCACCAGGUCAUUCGAAGGCUGUGAGAUUCCUCAGGUCGCCCUUCUAUGCGUUUCGCAAAUAAUUCCCACAUUGUCAACGAACGGCACUCCAGUUAUUUCCAGACCACAGGAAGGGACUGAAGAAGAUUGUGACGCAUUUCAGCUCAUGCCGGAAAAAGAAAAACGAGAGCAGCUUGAAACAGAUUCAAAAGAGGCAAAUGAAAACAAAGUGGAGGCUAGAUCAGUCAUAGCGGCACUGUCAAUGCUUACUCCGUUGUUGGUAUCUUGUAUGGAUGAUGACUGGAAUGCGGACGUGCGUUUUUUAGCAGUUGGAGUUGUGCGCCAGUUUUUCUUUGACCUCAACGGGGACGAGGAACAGCAUGUAGCACUUCAACAGCUUGCUGCAGCAACAGCAAGCCCUCUCCAGCAAAGGCUCGAUGACGCUCGGGACGACAUACGCGUUGCUGCUGCAGACGCUCUACAGGCGAUGCUGAAGCAGCGUCCGCCGGUAAUUCACCGUCCUGCUGCCACUGAAAUAUGCAAGAGUUUGUGCAUCUGCUUAGACGACCGCAGCGAAGUCCUGGCCACAGCAGCAGAAGCUGCUCUUCUGGCUGGUGCUGAAGAUCUGAAAGCUGUAGUACUUGAGGAACUUCAAGCAACGGAGCCAAGCUGCCUUUACCCUGAAAGGUACAGGCGGAUUCGUCGGAAGCUGCUGGAGCUUCCGGAACUUUAG